CAUCACCGGUUUGAAGAAUUGCAUGCAGAGAUGGGGACUGGGUGGUCACAAGAUGAGGCCUCACAGUCACGGUCGCAGCCGCCUAGUGAGCAACCGACUAAUAAUAAGGUAGCGGCAGAGAAAGAAACAGAAGCAAAGCCGACUGUCUCUAAACCCACGGUGGUAGAGAGAACAGCUGCUGAUCAUCAGGCCAAGCCCUCGGUGAAUAACAACCAGGAAGCCGCAGCAGCGAAAGAAGUCAAGGAAAUAGAGAAAAGGACAGCAGCACAGCAAGUUAGGCAGCAGCAGUUCCCACAUAACUAUGAAGCCCUUGUGAAAGAUGCUGACACACCUAUAAACAAGUCCUCAAUUGAAAACCUCUUUCAGCAGCUCCAAGCAGGAGUUAUCUUAAACCAAAAGAAAAAGAAGUACUGGGUUGAUAAGAAGUCCAACAACUGUUUUAUGGUGUAUGCAAGAGAUCUCUCAAUCACUUGGGCCGAAGACGAUCGUUACUGGCACUGGUACUCCCUGCAAGAAACCAGUGACGUCUUCAUUGAUGCUGCUGAACUGUUAAAUGUAUGUUGGCUAGAAGUGCACGGGAAGUUUGAAACCGCAAACCUGUCACCCGGAACUCUUUAUGAAGUUGCAUUUGUGGUCAAGCUGAAUGCUGCAGAUUAUGGAUGGGAAGUUCCAGUCAAUUUUAGGCUCACUCUCCCUGAUGGUACCAGGCAGUGCCGUAAAGUUAAUCUGAUGCAAACCCCAAGAGGACAAUGGAUCGAGAUCCCAGUUGGCGAGUUUAAAGCAUCGCCUGAGAAAUCUGGCGACAUGGAGUUUUCGAUGUAUGAAUAUGAUGGCGGGAACUGGAAGAAAGGGCUUGUUAUCAAGGGUGUCGUCAUUCGUCCUAAAAACCAAGUUGCACAGUACUCAGCAACUUCGCUUACGAGCUGAGAAAUAACGUUCCCGUUUUUUUUUUUUUUUUAAUAAAGCAGAAAUGAGAGAAGUGCUUAUGUAAGAAAUGGUCCGAACAGAAUAAUGAAACGAUGAUCCACUUUUAACUACUGCCCAAA